AUGGACACAAUUACUGAAAUUGAAUACCUAUAUAUUGGCCAUCUCCAUCUUCAAAAUCUUCGACCAACAUUCUUAAUCAUCGUUGUGACUUCCACUUCAAUCCAACUCCUCGGCCCACCGGAAGUCUACCAGAAGAGAACAGAAUCCGGCGAUGGCGAUGGCGCCGCCACACACAACAACACUUUCAUAAACCUCUUAGUAACCAAAUUCAAUUCUACAAAUCCUCAAUUAUCCAAAACCGAGAAUUUCUCACCUACAUUUCUCUCCACCGGAAACCCUUGUCUCGAUUUCUUCUUCCACGUCGUCCCCGACACUCCAUCCGCCAUCCUAACUCAACGAUUAGCCUCCGCCUGGGAACACAAUCCCUCCACAGCGUUCAAACUCGUCUGCAACUUACGCGGCGUCCGUGGAACCGGAAAGAGCGAUAAAGAAAGCUAUUACACGGCUGCGCUCUGGAUUCACGAAAACCAUCCCAAAACCCUAGCAUGCAAUGUCGAAUCAUUAGCUAAUUUCGGGUAUUUUAAAGAUUUACCCGAAAUUCUUUUCAGAUUACUUCAAGGAUCAGACGUUAGACGAAUCGCCAAAGAACAACAUAUCAGUAGAAAAUUAACCAGACGCCCAAGAAAACCAGUACCCAAAACAAAGAAAAAGGCAGAGUCUUUUACAAGACAAAACGCAAGAACUUUAAGGGUAGAGAAGAGAAUUGCUACAGCGAUUAAGGCGAUCGAGAGAUACAAUCGCGAUCCUCAUUACAGAUUCCUUCACGAUCGCAUUUCCGAUCUAUUCGCCGAAUGCCUCAAAACCGACAUAAAAAACUUGAAAUCUGAUUCAAUUAACAAUCUCAGUUUAGCCGCGAAAUGGUGCCCAUCUCUAGAUUCAUCAUUUGACAAAUCGACAUUACUCUGCGAAAGCAUAGCCAGAAGGGUAUUCCCCAAAUCGAAUCACCCAGAAUACGACGGCCUUGAGGACGCCCAUUACGCGUUUCGUGUUCGCGAUAGGUUGAGGAAGGAGAUACUCGUCCCUCUCCGAAGGGCAUUGGAGUUGCCAGAAGUGUACAUAGGAGCAAAUCAAUGGGGUUCAAUUCCAUACAACCGUGUGGCAUCAGUCGCGAUGAAAUUAUACAAAGAAAAAUUCUUAAAACACGACAAUCAACGGUUUAAGGAGUAUCUAGAGAAGGUAAAAACCGGAAAAGCGAAAAUUGCUGCCGGAGCAUUACUCCCCCAUGAGAUAAUUUCAUCUCUGAAUAAUUAUUCUUCCGAUGGAGGUCAAGUUGCAGAGCUUCAAUGGAAGAGAAUGGUGGAUGAUAUUUCAAAAAAAGGUAAAAUGAAGAACUGUCUUCCAAUCUGUGAUGUUUCAGGAAGUAUGUAUGGUAUUCCAAUGGAGGUUUCUACUGCUUUGGGUUUAUUAGUAUCUGAACUUAGUGAUGAGCCAUGGAAAGGGAAGGUGAUAACUUUUAGUGAAAAUCCAGAACUUCAGGUUAUUAAAGGAGAUGGGUUAAGAUCAAAAGUGAAAUUUGUUCAAAGAAUGAAAUGGGGAAUGAACACUGAUUUUCAGAAGGUGUUUGAUCUUAUACUUGAAGUGGCUGUGAAUGGAAAUUUGAAGGGGGAAGAUAUGAUUAAAAGGGUUAUUGUUUUCAGUGAUAUGGAAUUUGAUCAAGCGUCGGCAAAUCCUUGGGAGACUGAUUAUGAGGUGAUUUUGAGGAAAUUUUUGGAAAAUGGGUAUGGGAAGAAUGUGCCGGAAAUUGUGUUUUGGAAUUUGAGAGAUUCGAAGGCGACGCCUGUGUUUGGGAAUCAGAAAGGGGUGGCGCUUGUUAGUGGGUUUUCGAAGAAUUUGAUGAGUUUGUUUAUUGAAGAAGAUGGAGAACUUGAUCCAGAAAAUGUAAUGCUAGCUGCCAUUUCUGGUGAUGAGUAUGGGAAACUUGUGGUUAUUGAUUAACUUAACCUUUCCUCUUUUAUGUAUUUUAAUGAUAUGUAUAUAUAUAUUUAAUAAAGUUUAAUAAAAUGUUGAGACGGGUA